ACAAGAAAACCCAAUGCACGGAUUAGCUCAAAUAUGCUGGGGCUCUACAACAGCUAAAAGGAUCUUGUACAAGCUACCUGGACUGGACUGCUGCAUCUUUUCCUUAUGAAGAAGACAAAAACUUGGAUCGUCACAUGUAUUUAUCUUCAGCUGCUUUUUAUCUGCUUUGGAAGUCCGUGCAGAAAUCCUGUCACUAAUGCUGUGAAUGACAUUGACAAACUGGUUGGAAAUCUACCGAGUGAUUACAUUAUGCAUGUGAAAAAUAUCUCCAGAAACAGUCUGUCAAAACACUGCUGGUUAUAUGUAAUGGUGUAUGAAAUGUCAGAGCGACUUGGAGAACUUUCAUCCAAACUCUCAAACACAUCACAAAAUUAUCUUAUAUUAGACAGCCUAUCUUUGAUAUUUCGAGAAAUCAGGAACUGUGUCAAGCUCACUGACCAACAGGACUUUGUAGAUGACUAUUUAGAUACUGUUCCUGAAGUGACAUUAUCCCCAAGGAAAUUUUUUAAUUUGAUUACUGAAACUAUUUCAGUUUUCAAGGAAAUAAAUAAUACACACUUUGAUGAUACGUGUACACUACCUACAGUUGACCCUAAGACAGGGGACUCUGUUACUAAGGGAAGCAUACAGUAUGCUUCAAGUAAAUUAAAAAAUGGCAGCAGGCCUGGAUACACAGACAAUAGUGAAUUUAUCAGCAGUUCUUCCUUACCAUGGACUAGCAUAGCAUCUAUAGCAAUGGCCUGUAUGGUCGCUGGAUUUUUACUUGGCAUAAUGUGCUGGAAGUUAAAACACCAAAGAAGGGCAAAUAAUGAAGUAUCUGAGAUCCACGCUGAUCAAAAAGACACAAAUGAAUUAAACAACAUGCUACAUCAGACAGAGAAAGAAGUCUCUGUAAUAUAGACAUUUUUCAGCAAUUCCUGGUGACAGUACUAUGUUCGCAUUUUAUCUGGAGCAGUUGAAAAGACUCUUUUACUCUUGUGCUGCAACAAACUGUUAUGUGGACUGCUUUGUGAUACCAUACACAUGAAUUCAGUUUUUGCCCCAAUUUAACACAACCUGCUAGAGUAUGUACUUCAUGGGGCAAGGUGGUUCUGUUUCCUAAAACUAGGAGCUCCGACUUGUCAGACAUCUGCAAUCAUAGGUUACAGAAGUAUAACUAUGGAAAAAGUAGUGAAGGCUCAAGGAGAACUCUGAGAUCAAGAAGCUAUCCUGCCAGGAUGAAAAUAAAAAAAAAAAAAUUUUGUGCUAUCAAGAAAAAAAAAUGUUGGAUCAGUCCAGUGGUUCCUCAUUUUUAGACACCAAAUAUACUGUAAUUCAGUGAAAAUUGUUGGAAUCAAACACUCCCACUAAUCCUUCUUCACCUGGGAAACUGUUUCUUUGCAUCAUCCAUGAUGGAACAACAGCACCCAAUGACUGUAGUGUGAAGACUCGUCAUAGCAAGUCAUCUAUAGAUUUUAGAGGAUCAUUUCUUUAGCAGAUAAGAACAAUGCUUCUCCUACCAGCGCAAGAGUCAGGAUAUACGUAUAUAAUUUUUUUUUAAGUUCACAUAAUAAAUAUAUUUUUUUAUAUUGGAUGCACAUUUCUGUACAUAGAGUAUUAUAGUACAUACCGCUUACAUUCAAUUGGUAAUUAUGAUAGCUAAAGAGCUUGAUAGGAGUAAAUUAAUAAAAUAAUUUUAAAUACUAUGACUAGAGUAUGAAUGCCAUAAUCUGUUUAACUCCAUUAUUGAGUUAUGGUGGCAGAGUCUUGAAGUCAACCACGCAAAGAAUGAUCCACCAAUAAUGGUUCUUCAGGAGAAACGUAGUGGAAAAUGAAUGGUGGGGCAGGGUGACAAGAAGAAUGUAAGAAAAAUAUACUUUCAGUUAUGCCUGGAAUGGCAUAAUCAAGUGGUCUGUAUUUAUAUCCAAAUUUAAAUUAUUUAUUGCAACCAUUUACUAUAGUAGAAAUUAUGUUCUUAAAUACUUUAUUACAAAGCUGAUGUCAUAACAUAAAUAAUUAAUCUUACAGCAUAUGCCAGUAGUAACAUUUGUGACCAGUGCUUUGUUGGAAUCUGUUAACACAUUUUCUCCCAGUAUCUGUUAACACUGGCAUGAAAUCAUGGUAAUCUUUAAUACUCCAAUCUAUGUUCAUUUUCUUUUUAGCAACAACGGUUAUAUAUUUAGUUAGAGAUUACUGCAUUCAUGAAUAGUGUUUAGGAUAUGUGCGUUGUAUGCGUGGGCUUGAUAUGUUUUUUUUUGCAGUUGCCAUGUAUAUUAUCAUGUUUCUUAUCUCUAGAACACAACAUUUAACCACAUAAAACAGAUAUUUUUUUUCGCUAGGCAAGUGGUGUGGUUGGGUACUCGUCACACAGGCCACAGGCUUGCCUCUAGUGCGAAUUCUGCAUUUCUAUGAAGGCAAAUUUCCAAUAACUUACAUGUUAACAUUAUUCA